AUGAGUCGGAGGGGGAGCUUUGCAUCAGCCAGCAUGAAAGGCUGGGCUUCUGCCAGUAUCCGGGAGGCGUUGGUGGCUCCAGGAGGCUAUGUUUUCCAAAAAAGUGGGAGACGUGACGAUGAGGAGGAGCUUAAGUGGGCUGCCAUUGAAAGGCUUCCUACUUAUGCUCGUAUGAAGAAGGGAAUUAUGAACAAGGUUUUGGACAAUGGAACAAUUGUCCGUGAAGAAGUUGAUCUUUCCCAUCUUGGCAUGCAUGACAAGAAGCAACUCAUGGAGAGUAUGCUAAAAGCUUUCGAAGAUGAUAAUGAGAAUUUACUGCUGAGGCUCCGAGAACGAAUUGAUAGGGUUGGGAUCAGCAUUCCUCAAUGUGUAGUCAGGUUUGAGCAUUUAUCUAUAGAAGGAGAUGCAUUCUGUGGAAGCAGAGCCCUUCCAACUUUGCUGAAUUCAACUAUCAAUGCAUUCGAGGGGAUUCUUGGUUUUCUGAAGAUUUUUCCACCUAAGAAAAAAGCUGUCAAAAUACUAGACGAUGUCUCUGGAAUAGUGAAACCGUCAAGGAUGACACUACUUCUGGGACCUCCAAGCUCUGGGAAGACUACUUUGCUGAAGGCACUUGCAGGAAAGUUAGAGGAAGAACUCAGGGUAACCGGGAAAAUCACUUGCUGUGGCCAUGAAUUGAGGGAGUUCAUUCCUCAGAGAACUUGUGCUUACAUAAGCCAGCAUGAUCUUCAUCACGGUGAGAUGACUGUUAGGGAAACCAUGGAUUUUUCAGGGCGUUGUUUUGGAGUUGGUGCAAGAUAUGAACUGCUUGCUGAGUUGUCAAGAAGAGAAAAAAGUGCCGGAAUUAAGCCGGACCCUGAGAUUGAUGCUUUCAUGAAAGCCAUUGCAAUUGCUGGCCAAAAGAGUAGCGUGGUCACAGACUAUGUGCUCAAGAUAAUUGGACUGGAUAUUUGUGCUGAUACAAUGGUGGGUGAUGACAUGAGAAGGGGUAUUUCUGGAGGACAGAAGAAGCGUGUAACGACUGGAGAAAUGUUGGUUGGCCCUGCAAAAGUUUUCUAUAUGGAUGAAAUCUCGACUGGUCUCGACAGUUCCACCACAUUUCAAAUCGUCAAGUACAUGAGACAAAUGGUUCAUAUAAUGGAUCUAACCAUGAUAAUCUCUCUUCUCCAACCUGCCCCUGAAACUUUUGAUCUUUUUGAUGACAUUAUCUUGCUUUCAGAAGGAAAAAUUGUAUAUCAAGGUCCUCGUGAGCAAGUUCUUGACUUUUUUGAGAGCGUAGGAUUCAAAUGUCCAGAAAGGAAAGGAGUCGCAGAUUUUCUCCAAGAGGUUACUUCCAAGAAGGACCAAGAACAGUAUUGGUCGAGGAAAAAUGAACCUUACCAUUACAUAUCAGUAUCCGACUUUGUUAAUCACUUUGAGUCUUUCUACAUAGGGCAGAAACUUUUCAGUGAACUCAGUGUCCCUUAUGACAAGAGUAAAACCCAUCCAGCUGCAUUGGUGAAGGAGAAGUAUGGUAUCUCGAACAAAGAUCUUUUCAAAGCCUGUUUUGAAAGGGAGUGGUUAUUGAUGAAACGCAACUCAUUUGUGUACAUUUUUAAGACUACACAAAUUACAAUUAUGGCUCUAUUUACUUUCACUGUGUUCUUUAGAACACAGAUGAAGUACGGAGAGAUAGACGAUGGGGGUAAAUUCUAUGGGGCACUUUUCUUCAGCCUUAUUAACGUGAUGUUCAAUGGGAUGGCUGAGCUUGCAAUGACCAUAUUUAGGCUUCCCGUGUUCUUCAAACAACGGGAUGCCCUAUUUUACCCUGCCUGGGCUUUUGCUCUACCAAUUUGGCUCCUCAGGAUUCCAAUCUCUCUCAUGGAGUCAGGAAUAUGGAUCAUUCUCACGUAUUACACUGUUGGAUUUGCUCCUGCUGCUAGCAGGUUCUUUCGCCAAUUCUUGGCAUUUGUUGGUAUCCAUCAGAUGGCCUUGGGUCUCUUCCGUUUUAUUGCAGCCCUUGGAAGAACACAAGUUGUUGCAAAUACUCUAGGAACCUUCACCCUGUUGUUGGUUUUUGUCCUUGGUGGAUUUAUCAUUGACAAAGAUGACCUUCAGCCAUGGAUGAAAUGGGCCUAUUAUCUUUCUCCAAUGUCAUACGGACAAAAUGCAAUCGUUCUAGUAGAAUUUCUCGACCAAAGAUGGUCCACACCAAAUGAUGAUACCAGAUUUCAUGGAAGUACAGCUGGUCUUGAACUUCUAGCAGGCAGGGGGAUGUUCACAGAAGAACAUUGGUAUUGGAUCUGCGUUAUCGCGCUUUUUGGAUUUUCUCUUUUCUUCAAUCUCUGCUUUGUCGCAGCACUGACAUUCUUAAAACCAUUGGGAGAUUCCAAAUCUGUUAAUUCAAUCUCGGAAGGUGAAAGUAAGAAAAAAAAGCUGCCAUUCUCUAAUGGGAAGGUGGCAACAGAUAGGAGCUCAGCCUCUACAGGGAAAAACACACCCGAACAAGAAAAUGUAAAUGAUUCAGUCAGUGCAACUAAUAAACGAGGAAUGGUGCUCCCGUUCAUGCCCUUAUCACUGUCAUUCGAUCACGUAAAUUACUACGUUGAUAUGCCAGCGGAAAUGAAAAGCCAAGGAGUUGAGGAGACACGGCUCCAAUUGUUGCGAGAUGUCAGUGGUGCUUUUAGGCCUGGUGUUUUGACAGCAUUGAUGGGGGUCAGUGGCGCUGGAAAAACCACUUUGAUGGAUGUUUUAGCUGGAAGAAAAACUGGUGGAUACAUCGAAGGGGACAUCAGAAUAUCUGGUUACCUGAAGAAUCAAGUGACAUUUGCACGCGUUAGUGGCUACUGUGAACAGAAUGACAUUCACUCUCCACAUGUUACCGUUGAGGAGUCUCUCCUGUAUUCGGCCUGGCUACGUCUUCCAGCAGAUGUAAAAAAUGAAACAAGGCAGAUGUUUGUCGAGGAAGUGAUGGAGUUAGUUGAGUUGAACUCAUUGAAGGGUUCACUGGUUGGCCUUCCAGGAGUAGAUGGUUUAUCAACUGAACAGAGAAAGAGGCUCACCAUUGCUGUCGAAUUAGUUGCAAACCCUUCAAUUAUUUUCAUGGACGAACCAACAUCAGGCCUGGAUGCUCGAGCUGCUGCAAUUGUGAUGCGUGCUGUCAGGAAUACAGUGGACACGGGGAGAACAGUAGUAUGCACAAUUCACCAACCAAGCAUCGACAUUUUUGAAUCGUUUGAUGAGCUAUUUCUGAUGAAGAGAGGAGGACAAGUUACUUAUGCUGGACCCCUUGGAAGAAAUUCUCAGCUCCUAGUAGAAUACUUCGAAUGUGUUCCGGGUGUUCCUAAAAUCAAAGAUGGAUACAAUCCUGCUACAUGGAUGCUAGAAGUAAGUUCUGCAGCAGUGGAAACUCAACUCGACAUGAAUUUUGCAGAGAUUUACUCCAACUCUGAUCUGUAUCGGAGGAAUCAAGAACUGAAUGCAGAGCUAAGCAUUCCAGCACCGGGAUCACAAGACCUGUACUUCCCCACAAAAUACUCCCAACCCUUCCUUACUCAAUUUACGGCCUGUUUUUGGAAACAGCACUGGUCUUACUGGAGGAAUCCACAGUACAAUGUCAUCAGAUUCUUUAUGACAAUUGUCAUUGGAAUCAUCUUUGGAGUAAUUUUUUGGAAUAAAGGAGAUAAAAUUCACAAACAGCAAGACCUAUCAAAUCUUCUUGGCGCUAUGUAUGCUGCUGUUCUGUUCCUUGGAGGAACAAAUACUUCUGCAGUUCAGUCUGUGGUGGCAGUUGAAAGAACAGUAUUUUAUCGUGAAAGAGCAGCCGGGAUGUUUUCAGCUUUGCCUUAUGCAUUUGCUCAGGUGGCUGUAGAAACAAUUUAUGUAGCCAUCCAGACCUUUGUUUACAGCCUUCUCCUUUACUCGAUGAUCGGAUUUGAGUGGCAAGCAGACAAGUUCUUAUGGUUCUAUUACUAUGUUUUCAUGUGCUUUGUCUACUUCACACUCUAUGGAAUGAUGCUUGUAGCCCUUACCCCAAGUUACCAAAUAGCUGCAAUUGUCAUGUCAUUCUUCCUCAGCUUCUGGAACCUGUUUUCAGGUUUCCUCAUUCCCCGAAUGCAAAUUCCAGUAUGGUGGAGGUGGUACUACUGGGGUUCUCCAGUGGCAUGGACCAUCUAUGGGCUUGUAACAUCACAAGUUGGGGACAAAACGGACAAUGUUCAUGUACCCAAACAUGGUGACAUCCAAGUAAAGGACUACCUUAAACAGUUUCUAGGUUAUGAAUCCGACUUCCUAGGAUAUGUUGCUUUGGCACAUGUUGGUUGGGCACUUCUUUUUUUCUCUGUCUUUGUAUAUGGCAUCAAAGUGUUGAACUUCCAGAGAAGAUGA